AUGCGCAGCAUGGAGGCGGGCGACUUUGAGAUCGCCGAGUGCGAGCUCUUCACGGCGCGCGACGACGUGGACGACCUCAGGGCGCACCCCAACCUGCUCUCUGAGCACAUGCUCAUCUGCCUCCUCCCAAAGGGGGGCGGGGAGGGGUACGGCAGCGACGAGGACGCGGCAGGGCGGCCGUACCCGCAGGCGUAUGGUGGCGUGGCGGUGGGCGGCGGGCCGUGGGAGGACGGCGUGAGCAGCACGGACGGGGAGAGCCCGUCGGGGCUGAGAGGCGCGCGGCAUGGGUGGGACGACGGGGAGGGGCGGGGGGGGCAGUGGCAGGCGAGGCGGGGGAGGCGGAGGGGUGGGGGAGGGAGCAUGGAGGAGGCGACGUUGACGGAGGUGUCAGAGUGGGAGGAGGUGGGCGACGACGACACGGACGUGGACCUGCGCCACCUCCGCGCCUCCGAGCUCGACCUCCUUGGCCCGCCCUCCGCCUCGCCGCUGCGCCCGCGCCUGCGCCCGCGCACGCCCACCACGCUCUGGCUGCGCCACCGCCACCGCCACCACCGCUCGUCCGGGGGGGGCAGUGGGUGGGGCGCUGGCGCACAGCAGCAGGGGAGAGGCGGCGAUGUGGCAUCGCCGUACAGCAGUGGGAGGAGGGGGGCCGGUGGACACGGGGAGUUUCCGAACCCCAGCACGCCCAGCAGUGCCAGCGCUGCAGCAGGCGCUCUGCGGCUGGGGAGAACAACGUCCACCCGCGUGGUCACUGCUGUCGCCCGCGUGCUGCCCCCCCCUGCUCCCUCCGCCCCCGCUGCCACUCCCCCUGCUGCUGGCGCUCCGGGGGCUGGGGCAGGGGCGAAGGGGGGUAAGGAGAAGGAGAAGGAGAGAGGAGGGAAGGGGAAGCACGGGGGCCAGGACACAGCUGGCAGCGCCGCAGCAGCAGCAGCAGGAGCAGCAGCAGCAGCAGCCGCAGCAGCUGCUGCAGAGAAGGGCGAGUUGGGAGCAGACGACUUUGAGAAGUUUUUCGGAACGAGUGGAGAGGUGCCAGCGCCGACGGAGUGGAGUGCGCUGAGCAGCGCGCAGCUGGACCCGUAUGGGGUGUUUGGCGAGCACCUGUGCCCGGACGCGGGCAACUACAUUCAGAUGCUGGCCGUGCAGCACCCGCCCUCCGAGGCCACCAUGACCCAUGCUGACGCCACUCGCCUCCUGCACUUCCGAGCCAUGGCAGCGCAGCUGGAGGAGGUGGACCCAUCAGUGCUGGCGCACAACGAGCGCCUGGCGUUCUGGAUCAACAUCUACAACGCCAUGCUGCUCUACAUCUACAUCGUCAUCCCCGUGCCCACUGACUUUGCUGACCGCAUCGCUCUCUUCAGCAAGGUGGGAUUCCUGAUAGGCGGCCAGCUGUACAGUGUGCUGCUCAUCGAGCACGCCGUGCUCAGAGCCUGCACCCACAAGCCCUACAUUAUCCGCGCCCUGCCCAGCACCACGUUCCGCCCCGGCGAUGCGCGCGCGCUCUGUGUGCUGGAGCGCGCCGAGCCCCUCGUGUCCUUCGCCCUCUGCUCCGGCACUCGCUCCUCGCCCUCCAUGCGAGUGUACCGGGCGGAGAGUGUGCAGCAGCAGCUGCGCGGCGCCAUGGUGGAGUACCUGGGGGCGGCAGUGAGCGUCAACGAGGCCAAUAAGAUCAUCAUCCCCAAGCUGCUGCACUGGUACCUACCGGACUUUGCACCGGACGUGUGGAGUCUGCUGGAGUGGCUGGCGAACGUGCUGCCCACCAACCAGGCCGUCGUGCUCAUGAACUGCCUGCCCACCGGCGCUGCCAACGUCUCCGCCUCCAAGUGUGUCGUCGUGGCGCCCUUUGACUACCGCUUCCGCUACCUCAUCCCCCCCGUCCUGCCCAACUAG